UCCCACGCUCCGUGCCGUAGCCGGCGUGGCGUCAUCGCGGCGCGCGUGCGCAGAGCGAGGCUGCGCUUUUAAAGGUGACAGAGGAAGGACAGCGGCGGCGCGGUUUGUUCCCCACAGAGCUUCUUUCCCCGGCUUCAGUCGCCAGGCGAGAGAGAAUCGCCACCAUGUCAGCUGCUUUGUUGCCCAAACCACAGAUGAGAGGCCUUCUGGCCAAACGUCUGAGAAAACACAUCGCAGUAGCAUUUAUCUUUGCUUUGGGAUGUGCAGCUUCUUACAAGUUUGGUGUGGCUGAGCCCAGGAAAAAAGCAUAUGCAGACUUUUACAAAAACUAUGAUGCCAUGAAGGACUUUGAGGAAAUGAGGAAAGCUGGGGUUUUUCAGAGUGUGGGACCCAAAUGAUCUAAGCAGAUUUGGAUCAAUGACAACUAAGCAUCGCUGUUUCAGAGAACUAUACCUUGUGAUUCACCUCAGUGUCUGACACACUGUAAUAUUGCUCAUUAAAUGAAGUACUGAUCUCAAA